AUGGGAGACAACAAGAAGCAGCGAAAGCAGGUCAGCGAGAGCGGCAGCAGCACGCCCAGCAAGAAGGGAGGCAAUGGCAGCAGCGGCAGCGGCAGUGGCAAGAAGCAGAAGAAGUCCAAGGCCAGCCCGGCGACGUCAUCUUCCACCAAAUCGAAGUGCGCCACAAAGAGCAGCUGCUGGUUCUCGUGGGUGUGGUCGAUCAUCUGCUUCUUCGUGCCGGCCGUUGUCUUCGCUCUGCUGUGGUGGGCCUUCAAGCCCCAGAUCGACACCGUCAUGGAGGGCUACGUCGUGCCCGCCAUCCACACCGUCGUCCUGCCCAUCUUCCCCAAGCUCACCCCCGCUUCAGUAUCUCAGUGA